AUGAGAAGGCCAAGCGAUCGUCGUAGUUAUAUCGCUCAGCCAAUUGAGCGUUCUUCUGAAAGGCACUCGGGCCGGCGCCGUUCCCGUGAUUCCCGAGAUCGUCGUGAUCACAAUAGAAGGCCGUCUACGAAAUACGAACAUCAUGAACUCCAUCCAGUUGAUAUGCAAAUAUGUUAUGGAUCGGAUGAUGAGGAUUUAACCCGAGGGCAUCAUGCGAAUUCAGAUCGUGAUCCUCGCUAUGAUCACAUCAGGAAAGCAGUUGAGCGUGGUGGUGCACCAGAUGAACCAUUACUUCCUCCAGAGGACCAUGUACGAGAGGGCAUUGUGUUCGAAUAUCUCAAUUACUACGAGUUUCUACGAAAUUGGAUUGAUGAAUGCAACAGGAAUUCUCUUGAGAGAAAUAAAUCUGCUCUGCCUAAACGAGUCAACGAAACAAUCACCCCCACCACACCCGCUGAGAAGGCGCGCAUCAUCCUUCCAGCAGGUGUAUUCGAAAGGGAUGAUCUUCUUCACUGCGACAUGAUUAUUGGAGGGCUUCCACCUAGCGUAUUUUUCGGAAGCGGAUUUGGACAUAAGUAUGAUUUGUUACCCUUGCUCUGUAGAGAUCUUCCACGGAGAGACUAUGAUUUAGCUAUGGAUGCACUUAUCAAUCUAGAUGAGAAGAUCUCUGUAGGUAAGGUGAUCUGG